AUGUCUUUGCCAGCUGUCAACGAAACCACAGCGGGGCAGCGAGAAAGCGAGUUUCUAGAAGGCAUUUUGAACCGCGUUUCAGUCAAAGUGCCGCCAUUUUGGCAUGAACGGCCAGAAAUAUGGUUUACGCAAAUCGAAGCACAGUUUGCAGUUGCAGGCAUAUCUAGCGAUGUUACGAAAUUCAACACCGUCGUCGCACAGAUCGAGUCCAGCGUCGUUACUGAUGUAGCUGAUGCAGUUUUAUACCCUCUGGCAACAGGUAAAUACAUUAACCUUAAGAAUCGGAUUUUAGACCGGUAUGGCGAAAGCGAGCAACGAAAGAUACAGUGGCUACUCUCAAAAAUCGAACUAGGAAAUCGUCGACCAACGCAAUACUCAAUGAGCUGA